UAUUCUUCGCGUGAAAAUGAUGAAAAAGAUUGUCUAGCGACCAAAGCAUAUGAAAUGUUGGAGGAAAAUAUGAGUAUGAAAGGUCCUCCACAAAAUUAUGAUAGUGUUGUUGGAGAACCUAGUAAAGAUGGAAAGUUAAAUUAUGGUGAAUUGGUAGUAUAUCAAGAAGCAUGUCUGCCGUAA